AUGGCGCAGUCUCUAGAGUUGCUACUGAUUCAAUUCUUGAUGCCCGACAAUGACGCGCGGCGGCAGGCGGAGGACCAGAUAAAGCGGCUGGCCAAGGAUCCGCAGGUGGUACCGGCGCUAAUACACCACCUCCGCACUGCCAAGACCCCCAAUGUGCGGCAACUCGCCGCGGUGCUCCUCCGCAAGAAGAUCACAGGACACUGGGGUAAACUCUCUCCCCAAAUUCGACAGCUCGUCAAGCAGUCCCUCAUCGAAAGCAUCACCAUGGAACACAGUCCACCGGUGAGACGAGCCAGUGCAAAUGUGGUGAGUAUCAUUGCAAAGUAUGCUGUUCCAGCUGGAGAAUGGCCUGAUUUAUUGCCAUUUCUAUUUCAAUGUAGUCAAAGUCCUCAAGAAGACCACAGAGAAGUGGCAUUGAUACUUUUCAGCUCCUUGACUGAAACAAUUGGGAAUUCAUUCCAACCCUAUUUUACCGAUCUACAAUCACUUCUACUCAAGUGCCUUCAAGAUGAGACUAGUAACCGUGUUAGAGUUGCUGCUCUCAAGGCUGUUGGUUCUUUUCUCGAGUUCACUCAUGAUGAAGUAGAAGUGAUCAAGUUUCGUGAGUUCAUUCCCAGCAUUUUGAAUGUGUCGAGACAAUGCAUUGCUUCUGGUGAUGAGGAUGUUGCAGUGAUUGCAUUUGAAAUAUUUGAUGAGCUAAUUGAGUCUCCUGCUCCUCUUCUUGGCGAAUCUGUCAAAGCCAUAGUUCAAUUUUCUCUUGAAGUUUGUUCAAGUCCAAAUUUGGAAUCUAAUACACGACAUCAGGCUAUUCAAAUAAUUUCAUGGCUUGCGAAGUAUAAAUCCAUUUCGCUCAAAAAGUACAAGCUCGUAGCGCCAAUCCUGCAAAUUAUGUGUCCAUUGCUUGCAGAAUCAACAAACAGGGAUGAAGAUGAUGAUCUUGCCCCAGACCGAGCUGCUGCAGAAGUCAUCGAUACCAUGGCUCUAAAUCUGUCAAAGCAAGUGUUCCCACCUGUUUUUGAGUUUGCUUCUCUUAGCAGUCAGAGUGCCAAUCCAAAAUUUAGGGAAGCUGCGGUUACAUCUUUAGGUGUUAUUUCAGAGGGCUGUCUGGAGUUGAUGAAAAACAAACUGGAACCUAUUCUUCAUAUUGUCUUGGCGGCCCUUAGAGAUCCUGAACAAAUGGUACGAGGUGCUGCAUCCUUUGCACUGGGUCAAUUUGCUGAGCAUCUGCAGCCUGAGAUAGUAUCUCAUUAUGAAAGUGUUCUUCCUAGUAUUUUGAAUGCCUUAGAGGAUGUGUCUGAUGAAGUUAAGGAGAAGUCUUAUUAUGCAUUGGCAGCAUUUUGUGAGAACAUGGGUGUGGAAAUUCUUCCUUUUCUGGAUCCCUUGAUGGGAAAAUUAGUUGGUGCCCUCCAAAGUAGCACCCGUAAUUUGCAGGAGACAUGCAUGUCUGCAAUUGGUUCAGUUGCAUCUGCUGCAGAACAAGCUUUUGUUCCAUAUGCUGAAAAGGUUCUUGAGUUGAUGCAAAUCUUCAUGGUUCUUAAAAAUGACGAGGACCUCCGGUCACGAGCGAGGGCUACUGAACUGGUUGGAAUAGUUGCAAUGUCUGUUGGGAGGGCAAGGAUGGAGCCAAUUUUGCCUCCCUUCAUUGAAGCUGCAAUAUCUGGUUUCGGGUUGGAAUUCAGCGAGCUUCGGGAGUACACUCAUGGAUUCUUCAGCAAUGUUGCAGAACUUUUAGACGAUGGAUUUACUCAGUAUCUUCCACACGUAGUUCCUCUGGCAUUUUCCUCCUGCAAUUUGGACGACGGCUCUGCUGUGGAUAUUGAUGAUUCUGAUGAGAAUGAGAAUGUUAAUGCAUUUGGUGGAGUCUCAUCUGAUGAUGAAGCACAUGAUGAACCGAGGGUUCGCAAUAUCAGUGUGAGAACAGGGGUUUUGGAUGAAAAAGCAGCAGCUACACAAGCUCUUGGGUUAUUUGCUCUCCACACGAAGAGUUCCUAUGCACCGUACUUAGAGGAGACCUUUAAGAUUUUUGUUAGACAUUCAACAUAUUUCCACGAGGAUGUUCGCCUUCAGGCAAUUAUUGCUCUAAAAUAUAUAUUGAUGGCCGCUCAUGCAGUUUUCCAUGGUCAUAAUGAAGGAAUUGCAAAGACAAAAGAAGUUCUUGAUAAUGUGAUGAACAUUUAUAUAAAAACAAUGAUUGAAGAUGAUGACAAGGAAGUUGUUGCUCAAGCUUGUAUGAGCAUUGCUGACAUCAUGAAUGAUUUUGGGUUCAUAGCUGUUGAGCCUUACUUUCCUCGACUAGUUGAAGCUACUUCGAUAUUGCUUAAAGGGGAGUCAACAUGUCAACAGAUAGAAUCUGACAGUGAGAUUGAUGAGGACGAUCCCGAACAUGACGAAGUGCUCAUGGAUGCUGUUUCCGACCUCCUUCCUGCAUUUGCAAAGGCCAUGGGUGCUCAAUUUGCUCCCAUCUUUUCGCAGCUGUUUGCACCUUUGAUGAAAUUUGCGAGAGCAUCAAGCCCACCACAAGAUCGUACCAUGGUUGUUGCGACCCUAGCAGAAGUUGCCCAGCAUAUGGGUGCUCCAAUUGCUGGCUAUGUCAAUGCUGUGAUGAAUAUUGUACUUAAAGAAUUAGGUUCGUCUGAUUCAACUAAUAGGAGGAAUGCAGCAUUUUGUGUUGGCGAAUUGUGCAAAAAUGGUGGGAACUCUGCUCUGAGAUACUAUGAUGAUGCUCUACGUGGCCUUUAUCCAUUGUUUGGGGAAUCAGAGCCGGAUAAUGCAGUUAGGGACAAUGCAGCUGGUGCAGUGGCAAGGAUGAUUAUGGUUCACCCGGAGGCUAUUCCUCUGAAUCAGGUCCUCCCUGUUUUCUUGAAAGUUCUUCCUUUGAAAGAGGACAAGGAAGAAUCAAUAGCUGUAUAUAGCUGCAUCUGUAAUCUUGUUUUAUCAUCUAAUCCUCAGAUCCUGUCUAAUGUUCCCCAGCUGGUUGAUAUAUUUGCCCAAGUUGCUGCAUCACCCGAAGAAGCACCUGAAGUCAAGACGCAAAUAGGCAGGGCAUUCUCUCACCUGAUAUCAGUUUAUGGUCAUCAGAUGCAGCCUCUUUUGGGCAAUCUUUCACCCUUGCACGCUAAUGCCCUAGCGGCUAUUGCUCCUAAGAGCUGA